GGAAAAACUAAUUAUUCAGAACAAAACACUUAACGAAAAACUAAAUAAUUAAUUAAAAAAAGGUUUUUCUUUUUUCCCACUCACUUUCUCUUGAAAACUUCCCGAGAAACAAACGACGAACAGGCAUGGAGUCGACGCCCGUGAACUGGGAAGCUCUGGACGCACUGGUUAUCGAUUUUGCGAAAUCAGAGAACUUAUUGGAAGAAUCGUCUGUAUCGUCUCCAUUAUCUUCUCCGAAUUCGUCUUCAUCUUCUGUCUCUCUGUCCUCUUCGUCUUAUCACUCGAGAUUGAUCAUUCGCCAGAUCAGACGUUCGUUAGAGGCUGGUGACAUUGACUCUGCGAUUGACCUCCUCCGGUCCCAUGCGUCUUCCAUUCUUGAAGAUCACCGGCUUCUCUUCCGGUUGCAGAAGCAGAAAUUUAUUGAGUUGUUGAGGAGAGGAACCAUAGAGGAUCGAGAAUCGGCGAUAAAUUGCUUGAGGACGGCUCUCGCACCUUGUGCUCUUGAUGCUUAUCCGGAAGCUUAUGAGGAAUUCAAACAUGUUCUUCUUGCCUUUAUAUAUGACAAAGAUGAUCAGACUUCUCCAGUAGCAAAUGAGUGGGCAGAAAGAAGGAGGUUUGAAAUUGCUGGAUUAAUGUCAUCUGUCUUAAGAGCUCAUUUACAUGCGUAUGAUCCAGUUUUUUCGAUGACAUUAAGAUAUUUGAUAAGCAUACACAAAGGAUAUUGCUUUCAUCAGGGACUUCUUUCACCCAUAUCAGAUCUUACUGAGAGGUUACUGCUUGAGGAACGGGACCCCCCCGCAACUCCACAGGAGAGUUCAUAUGAAGCACCUCCUUUUGAUGAGGUGGACAUACAAGCCCUUGCGCAUGCUGUAAAGAUUACAAGACAAGGAGCUGUAGAAAGCUUGAGAUUCACUCGGGGUGAUCUAUUUCAGGCGUUUCAGAAUGAGUUAUGCCAGAUGAGAUUGGAUGUUUCUGUGCUCGAUGAACUUGUUCGUGAAUAUUGUGUUUAUAGGGGUUUUAUUGAUUCCACUCUUGCAUCUUCUUCUGGAAUGCAAACCCCUUCCAAAUCUCUGAAAGUUAACCAACCAGAAUCUGGUUGUUCAUCAAGGAACUGCUCCCUUGAAGUGGAUUGUAGUACAAGUAAACAUUCAGAUGGUGAAGCUUCCAUUAGUAAUACUAAUGUGGAUGCUUCUCCCGAAAAUAAUACUGAUGUGACCAGCAUGCAAGGUACCGAUGUUGAACUACGAUUUGCUGGUGAGCCAAUGGGCAGUCAUGAAGAUUGUAGCACUAGUGGUUCACAUCAGCCUGAAAGUUCGAAAGUUCUGAGGAACAGAGGCAACGGAACUGGAGAAAGGAAUAAACGUAAGAGGUGGAGGGGAAGGCAUGAUGACUUUGGUUAUGUUCCUGAUGUUUCUCACAAUGGAUGUGAUAAGCAAGUACGUGGCUCUUCUUCUAAAAUGUCAAAGGAACAACAGGCCAUGGAAAAUCAUAUCAUUUUUUAUUAUAAUCAUAAGGAUGAUAAAUAUGAAAUUCUACUGGGGAUGAAGGAGCUAGCUAGCAGAGGAAUGGCUGCUGAGGCUGUUGAAGAAGUUAAUACUAUGGAUCCAGACUUUUUUGUGCAAAAUCCUGUUCUGUUAUUCCAACUUAAGCAGGUUGAAUUCCUUAAGCUAGUCAGCUCUGGUGAUCAUUCUGCUGCUCUAAAGGUUGCAAGCUCCCACUUGGGUCCUUUAGCAGCUAGACAUCCUGAUUUGUUAAAGCCUUUAAAAGAGACUUUGUUGGCAUUGCUCCGACCUAAUGACCAUGCACUUGUAAAGGGCUUCCCUUUAUUUGCUAUUGCAACUUCACUCCAGGUUGCCAUUGGUCAAAGGCUUGGUAUUGAAGAACCGCAGCUUAUGAAGAUAAUAAGAGCUACCCUUCACACUCAUAGUGAAUGGUUUAAACUUCAAAUGUGUAAAGAUCGCUUUGAAGGUCUUCUGAGGAUUGAUUCAUUGAAGGAAGUUAAUACUUCUUUCCUUGCUGCUACGGCUGUCAUGUCCAAGUCAAACGGAGACAGUUGUACCCAAGCAUCUUCCCAACUCACAACAUCUUCAAAUGCCAGGCUUUCGGAAGAUGGUAGCAGCCCAUCUCAAGUGUCUUCUGGAGAUGUUGUCUGUGAUGAAAAUGCAAUACUCAAAGUAAUGGAAUUUCUGGAUCUGCCGAGGGCUGAUGCCAUCCACCUACUUGCUCAAUAUAACGGCAAUGCUGAGACUGUCAUACAGCAAAUAUUUGCAUAGGUAAAAUUGUAAUACAUAACUUCAGUGAAACUGGUUGCCAUUUGUUUACUUAUUUUAGAAUGUCGUUUCAUUCGGCGUUGUGCAAUAGACUAUCGUUGUAAUUAUCAUACCAUCGCCUCACGUCCAUGGGAAAAUUCUGGUGCGGCACCAGAAACAUUGUCUGUUGUUUCUGUUGUACAUCAUGUUUAGUAUUCUUUGUGAACAAGAUCAAGAGAAAAAAGGUAGGAGAAAGCGGCAUUUGACGCAAAGCAAAUUAUUGAUUGGUUCGAUAAGUUUGUUAUAUUAUUUUUAUUUUAUA